AUGUGGAAUAAAUCCGACGUCCUCCAACUCCUUCAACUCUUGACCAUGGUUAUGCUCGCCAUGAUACAUGCUGGUUGGUGUCUGCUCAUUCACCAAGUCAACAUGCGCCGCUAUGCAAAGUGGCACGAGCCAGCCCAAGUCGAGGACAGCCCCAUGCCGAUGAAGCCUAUCGAGGAAGGGAUAGUAAUAAAGGAACUCGACAUGUCUGUUUGA